GAGCCUCCCCUGGCACAGCUCGAGGCCGUUCCUUCUUGUCCUGGCCCCGUUCCCUGGGAUCAGAUCCCAAAUCCCCCCUGGCAGAGCCCAAAAUUCCCCCUGGAUCCCCCUUUUCUCCAGGCUGAGCCCCCUCCAGCUCCCUCAGGAUUUUCCAGACCCUUCCCCAGCCCCGUUCCCAUCCCUGGCCCUGCUCCAGCCCCUCCCUGUCCCUCUUUCCAUGACUGUCCAGACCUGGACACAGCCCUGGACAUUCCCCUCCCCAGGGUGGGCACUGGGGACAAUCCUUGCCCUGGUCCCGCUACUCAUUUUGGCCACAAUUCUUUGAUUUCUCUUUUUAAUACAAAUUUGAUGUCGGGAUUUUAAUACAAAUUUGAUUCGUCGGGAUUUUGGCCGUCGGCCUCCAGGGAAAUCUUCACGUUUUGAGGAUCUCCAGGAUCUUCCAGGACCUGUCCCGGGUGUCCCAGCUCCACCAGGUGACACCCAGGGCGAUGAGGGGUGAACUCCCCGAUCCCAGUGGCCUUUGGGGUGGUUUUUGUGCCCGUUUCUGGUGCCAGGAGGUCACACCCAGCCCGAGAAGGUGACAAACUUCACGCAGCAGUCGCAGCUCGGAGCCGCCGCUUUCUCCCCGCGGAAAAGCCGUCCCAGCCUGGAAAAGAGGGAAGAGAGACCCAACCAGUUCCCCCGAGACAUCAAAGGCUCUGGAAUUCUCCUCUGCUCGCUGCCACCCAGCCCGAAGUCACCCGGUGACACAACCAGGGACAGGAGUGACUCGCACCAGAGGCGAGGCCGUUCUCCACCAGGCGACCCAGGGGGGUUUUGCCUCUUCUCCCUCCAAAUUUGGGUGUUCGCUGCGGUGGGUUUUGGUCAUUUCCAGGAAAUCAAUAAAUUUGGGAUUUGUGAUUCCUUGGGUUGGGAGCUUGCUGCUGACUGCAGGAAAAAUUUCCUCCUUUUUUUUAAUGUUUUUUUGUUCAAACUCUCCCUUUGAGCUUUUCUUGCUCAAAUCUGUUAUGGGCUGAACGAUUCCAAUGGUUUUCCAACGUGGUUUUUUUUUUUUUGGAGGGGAAGGGAACAGAUUCGAUUCACGUUUUUGGGUUUAUGCAUUUCCAGCUGGGUGGAAUUCAGCGGGUUUGGGGUAAAACGAAGGGAAAAGGGUGGUGGUCCCUCCUCGGGUCACCUGCCCGCUCGUCCCACACGAGGACAACGUCACCGUCACGACAACGGAGACGGGAUUUGAGUCAGAACUUGGGGAGCGGACGGAAAACAUCACGAGACGAGCGGUGAGCGAAGAGUUUCCAGCAGCUCGGUGGAAAAACAGGGCAGGAAAAGGUCAGAAGACGUGGCUAAAAAUAAAAGAAUCCCCCAAAUCCCACAUCCCAUCCUGUCCCUAAUGGUCCUCACGAGGUGCUGGGCUGGAGGGUGCUGGAGCAUCCCAAGAAGCUGCUCCGUCACCGGGUGAUUAUUGGCCGGGAAUCCACUCAUUUCCCAAAUUCCUCCCUGGCGUCUGCGGGGCCACGUGAAUUCCCGAGCUCCAGGUCCGGCUCCAGCCACGGAAAUAGGCGUUUUCCAUUAAAAAUAAUUAGGCAAAUCAUCCCUGGCGGGGCAGAGGCGGAGCGAGGCCGUGGGGAGCUCCGGGCGCCUGGGGCUCGGCGGCUCCGGAGGCCCGGGAACACAGCAGGAACAUCCCGGGAUAACGCGGCCGCCUCUGCCCUGCCGAUCCUCACCCGCUCUCCAUCCCAGGGAGAUGAAUUCCCAGUGCCCGCCCUGCUCCUGCCUGGAAGAGGCUGCCCAGAGCCAUCCCUGCACCGUGGUGGCCCCGGAGCAGAAUUCCCCGGCGGAUCCCUGCCCGUGCCAGGACGUUUGUCCCUCCUGUCCCUGCGAUCCCCCCCAGGUCCCCCUCGGGGUCACCUCCGGGCCCUGCGCGGAUCCCGUGAAAAUCCAGAGCUCGGGAGAAGAACCCUUCACCUUCGAGAGCCCCGGGAUGUGCCUGAUGAGGUUCCCGCUGCAGAAAUCCAUCCUGACCGUGGAGCUGUGUCCCCCCGGCACCGCCGACGCCUUCCCGCUGCCCCAGGAGGAGCUCGGGGUCACCGAAACCGCCGGGACCUGCCUGGACAGCCUGGAAAAGCUGCGCCAGGAGCUGCCGGCCGCCGAGCCCUGCGCCCUCGAGGUGGUGGAGAUGGGCACGGACCAGCCCUGCCAGGCCCAGGGCACGAUCCUGGGGGAUCCCUGUGCCUCCCAAAGUGGGAUUUCCAUGGAUCCCUGCACGUCCCAAAGUGGGAUUUCCAUAGAUCCCUGCGUGUCCCAAAGUGGGAUUUCCAUGGAUCCCUGCACGUCCCAAAGCGGGAUUUCCACAGAUCCCUGCACCUCCCAAAGUGGGAUCUCCACGGAUCCCUGCACCUCCCAAAGUGGGAUUUCCACAGAUCCCUGCAUGUCCCAAAGUGGGAUCUCCACGGAUCCCUGCACGUCCCAAAGUGGGAUUUCCACGGAUCCCUGCACGUCCCAAAGUGGGAUCUCCACGGAUCCCUGCGCCUCCCAAUCCCAGGGACUCGGGGACGCCGGAGAUGCCAAGGACAGCAAAUCCCAAGCGUCCCCACGGAGCCCGUUCCGCCUCAACUCCUGCACCUCCAGCAUCGUGGAGCGCUGCCUUUCCCGCUGCCAGAGCUGGUUCCGGGGCAAGAAAUAGGAUUGGGAUGAAGGAAGGGGGGCCCUGCCCGGCUCGGGUGAGUCUGAGCUUCCUGCGAGUUACGAAAAAAGAGGAAAAUGCUUCAGGUGAGAUUAAAAAAAAAAAAAAAAAGCUGCUUUUCAAUCAUCUCUUAAUUAGCUUAAUUAGUGUCUCAGCUGGAUUGCCCAACGAAAAGCGCAAUAAAUCAUGGGAAAAUGAUCCCAGUGGGAAUUGCAGCCGGGGUCCUGUUUCGUCACCCGGCGCCUUUUGGCCUCCCACGGACGGAGGAGGAGGCUCAGAGUCUGCUUUAAUUCAUUCUUGGUUUUGCCUUUGCGUUUUUAAUCCUCCUUCCUGAUGGUUUUCCCAAAUUAAAAUGGUGGGAAUAUUGAGGAAAGCAAACUUUCCUCGGAAAUAAAACUCGAGGAGCUCCUUC